AUGACCUCCAUGCUUCAAACGCUUCUGAAGCCUCGUAAGAUCAGCAUGGGGUCAAGUGAGCUGUCGGAAUCCAGUGACGAGGAAGAUUACAUUGACAAAGACUUCCUCAAAGAGAUCGAUGCUAAGGUAAUCGCACUACAUGACUAUGCUUCUCUCCAUGAUCGCGAUGUUUUAGGGGCACGGCCGAAGAAACCAGUCAAGGACCCGCAGAGACAGAGCAAAAAGGCUGGAUCUUUGGCGUUCAGUCAAGAUGCGGCACCGAAGUUUGUCGUCGAUGCAAGAGAUCCCACGGUCAUGGGUGCUCGACGAGCGAAGCCUCAGAAUGUUUCGUCGGACACAGAAAGCUCCCACAGCUCGUCAGAAGACGAGAGGAAGCGGCGGGUCAAGAAGCCACUCUCCAGCACUCAGCCGCCUCCUCCUUCCAGAAAGAAAGAACCCAUUGUUCCUCACUGGGAGAAAUCAAAAUCAUCCUCAGCCCUGUCAAGGAUGGAUGACAGGAUACAGCGGGCUCGUCAGGAGCUUGAAGAUGGAGGCGAAGACACAAAGCCAAAAGGCAGAAAGGGAGGCUGGAUCGAUAGCGAAGAUGACAUUCAACCAGAAGGAGCAUCAGGAGGAGGAAGAGGAGGGGGAGGGGGAGGAGGAAAAGGAAAAGGAGGAGGAGGAGGAGGAGGAGGAGGAGGAGGAGGAGGUGGUGGUGGUGGUGGUGGGGCGGGGGCAGGGAGUGGAGGAGCUGCAGGAGGAGAAACGUUAUCAGGGAAUCAGAAGGAGCAUGCCAAUGUACCUCCCCAAGUGAAGCCCAAGGGAGAUGAGGCGACAUUGCCAUUGUUCAAGAAACUAGAUCUCCCGCAACAAGCAGCCGCUCGUCCAGGAACAGCUGUAAAGGCAACAGAUAUCUCGGACUCCUCGUCUUCAAAGAGCCUAACUGAGUCCGAUGCCUCGGAGCACUGCUUUUUUCUGUUUUCGAUCUCGCAGGAUGAACAUGCUCUGCCUCCUCGCCCCGGCACUUCUCUCGCGGCCAAGAACUCGGCGAUGGGCAGAGUCAGAGAGAAUCUGCACUUGAAGACUGAAGACUACCCGGAGAGGCCGGAGAGCCCUGGCACGCUGGCUCCGAUGCCGCAAAAAAAUGACAAAUUGGAGGAGGAGGAGGAGGAGGAGGAGGAGGAGGAGGAGGAGGAGGAGGAGGAGGAGGAGGAGGAGGAGGUGGUGGUGGUGGUGGUGGUGGUGGUGGUGGCCGAGAGAGGGAAUGGAGGGAAGAUGGAGCAUGGGAAAAGGAGGAGGAAAACUUCUCCGCAGGCGUCUGUACCUUAUGCUCGAGACGACAUCACACCUGACAGUACUGAAGUGGAGGAGUCUGAAGACGAGAGUGUGAGAGACUCGCUAUCAUCCCACAGCCUCGUGCGAAGACCUCAAGAUCAAGCUGUCAAACCUUCCGGCAAGAUCUCCUCCUCCUCCUCCUCGUCGUCUCGGUCGAGCAUCUCCGACAAGCUGUCUGUCUCUCAAUCUUCCAUCUCUUCAAUGUCGAGGAGGUCGGAGGGAAACAACGACAAGAACAAGAGCCUUGAUGAGCAGCCACAAGCGCAAGACAAACCACACGUCCCCCCGCCAGAGGAGGAGGAGGAGGAGGAGGAGGGGAAAGGAGGAGACACUGAAAGAUCAGGCAAAGAAGAGACUGAGGAGGGAAAGAAAUUGUUUGCUGGAGAUGGAACCCCAGCUCGGAAAGUAUCACAAGAAGAGGAGGAGAAAUGGAUUCCUCUCUCCUCUCGCCUCGAUGCUCCUGAUGGUGACCGAUGGGUCUGGGAAAACUUCUCGCUCGCGGGGCUGCCUGACGAGGUCAAGAACAUGGGAAGCAUCAAGAAAUGGCUCAAGUACAAGACAGAAGAAGAAUUCCGAAGAGCUUUGAGAAAAAAUCCUAACAACCUUCCUGUUCUUCAUCGAUACGCUUUAUUCAUGUACAGCAAAAAGAAAGACGUCGCACAGGCAGAGAUGCUGUUUCAGCGAUGUCUCAGCAUCAACGACGAGUACGUAGAGGCGCUGGUUGACUUCGCCGUUAUGUGCUGGGCGAGAUACCGGAUGGCAGACGCAGACCGAAGGUGGUGCAUAAAGAAGCGGAGGAGGAGAAGGCGGAGGAGGAGAAGGAAGAGGAGGAGGACGAGCGAGUUUCAGGAGGAGGAAGGGAAGAUACCAGAAGCUUGUCGGAGUUACCUGCGAGCGAUUCAUCUUAACCCUCGUCACGCGGCAUCGCUCAGCAACUACGCGCAGCUGCAGGAGAAACAUUUCAAAGACAACAAGACAGCGAUGAAGUACUAUCAGGACGCUGUCUCUGCUGCUCCCUCCGACCCCGAGAUCUGCUUCAAUUUCGCAGUUUUCCUGGAGGAAACGCAGAGGCAAUACGUGGGAGCAAGAGAGAUGUACGAGCGGGUGAUCAGCUUGAGGCCCAAGGACCCGAGCUAUUACCUCGCUGCUGCUCAGUUUCACCUCCGUCGUCGUCGAGACCUCCUCCGCUGCAUGCAGCUGCACAAGAUGGCGUUGCGAAUGAACCCUGAGCAUAUCCCGACCUUGCUGUCUUACGCCAGGUUCCUUGAGUUUGAGAGGAGCGACAAGAAGAAUGCAGCCUCAUUCUAUCAGCGUGCGAUUCAAGUCAAAGGGGCUCCGCCAGAGGAGGAGGCUGAAGCCCUUGGGGAGGCCGCGAGUGACACAUACGACAUCCUUCUAGAAGAAGCGAGGUUUCUUGUCGACGAGCUCGAAGAUCUUGAAAAAGCCUCCGAAAAAUGCAGGGAAGCGAUUAAGCUCAACACCAAGGACUCUAGGGCCAUCUUGACCUACGCGGAGCUGCUGUGGAAGCAUCACAAGGACGAGAAGCUGGCGGACAGAUACUUCAGAGAAGCCAUCAAGCUUGAGCCCAACAGCUACGAACCUUUCCUUGCAUACGCUCGCUUCCUUCAGGAGAAGCCAGACAAGCUCGCAAUAGCCGAGCACUACCUUCGCCGUGCCGUGCAGCUUGAGGACUCGGCAGGAGACGCGCAGCUGGAGCUGGCGAGGUUUGUGAGGAAGCACCACAAAGACGUCAAGAAGGCGAUCGAGCUGUACAAGAAGGCGGCAGACCGGCUAGGGGACGACACCAACUUGUUCCACGAGUUUGCUGAGUUCCUGGUGGAGGACUGCCAGGGCUUCAGAGAGCUCGACAAGGACGGUUACAACACCAACCUAAGUUUAGCUGAGGAGCAGCUGACCAAGGCAGUACAGGCUGAGCCCAACGACCCUUCUCACCUCGUCACCCUCGCUCAGUUCCUGGCACAGGAGAAGAACCGAGUGGAGGAUGCCAGGAAGGUGUUCCAGCAGGCCCUGACGAUGAAGCAAGACGACAGUGAUACGCUCAUGGCAUUCGCCAUGUUCCUCGAGGAGUACGUGAGCGACUAUGACGGUGCUGAGCAGCUCUACCUCCGAGCCGUCCGAGCAGCCCCGAAGCAGGCAGACGUGCUCUAUAACUUCGCUGUUUUCCUAGAAGAGAAGAAGAAGGAUAAGCCGCAGGCGGACGACUACUACCAGCGCGCGCUUGAAGCCUCGCCGGACGACGAGGAGAUGAACAGGCGAUACGCGAGCUUUCUAGAGAAGAAGAUGAAAAACAAGCGACUGGCGGAGAAGUACAGGCUCGCUGCUCGAGGCGUCAGAGCGGCAAAGCCACAGGAGAACGAGAGGCGAGUCAACAAGAAGGAAAGAUUGUCCAUGCCUGAUGGCCGAUCCCCUCAGAGUUGUGUUUGUAGUUAA